UUAAGUCUUUUCAUAAUUUAAAGUAUGAAACCGAUUUUGGUAAUAUCUUUGAUUCUGUGCGUAGCAUUUGCUGGAAUCACGAUGGAUUUAGACCUCGAGCAUGGGCAUAGUGAGGACUACUUCAACAAUUUGGAAAGCCAGAAGAAGAACGGCAAACUCUAUGUACAUAUUGUUCCUCAUACUCAUGAUGAUGUGGGAUGGCUAAAGACAGUAGAGCAAUAUUAUCUUGGAGCUAGAGAAGAUAUCCAAUAUGCAGGUGUUCGCUAUAUUAUAAGUGGUAUCUACAAUGAGCUUAUGAAGGACACUACUAAGAAAUUCACUUAUGUAGAGAUGGAAUUCUUCCAGAGAUGGUGGGAGGAACAAUCAGAAGAGGUUAAGAAAAAUGUUCAGACCUUAGUUGACGAAGGAAGGUUACAGUUUGUUAAUGCAGGUAUGUCCAUGAGCGAUGAAGCUACUGUUCAUUAUGAAGAUUUCCUCAAUAAUAUGAAAGCUGGCCACGAUUUCUUGAAAAGAGAACUAGGAUAUAAACCGACCAUUGGAUGGCAAAUUGAUCCAUUUGGUCAUCAUUCAGCUACAGCAGCCCUCUUCGCUGAAAUGGGAUUCAAUGCUUGGUUUUUUGCAAGAAUUGACCAUAAAGACAAAGACAGAAGACUUGAAAACAAAGAAAUGGAAUGGCUCUAUAGACCAUUUAGUGAUACUUUAGGAGCUAGAGCUGAGAUCUUUACUCAUAUGAUGUAUCAUCAUUAUAGUGCCCCACCCGGUUUUAACUAUAAUGAAUUCCAAGAUGAGCAUCCUAUUUUUGAUAACCCAAAGUAUGAUAACUAUAAUGUUGACAAUAAGACUGGGGAGUUUUACAAAUAUAUCCUCCAUAUGGCUGAUCAUUAUAAAACUAACCACUUGUUGGUUCCAUUCGGAGAUGACUUUAACUUCUCAAAUGCUGCAAAGAUGUUUUUCAAUAUUGAUAAGUUAAUCAAGAAUAUGAACGAACGCUAUGAAGACGUGGAGUUGUUCUAUUCUACCCCUAAUGAGUAUCUUGAGGCUAUCCAUGAAGCUGAUAUUGAAUGGCCAACCAAAUAUGAUGACUUGUUCCCAUACUCAGAUGGAGAUGAUGCUUAUUGGACAGGUUAUUUCACGAGUAGAGCUAACAUCAAGGGGUAUGUGAGAGAAGUCUCAAGAGACUUACUUUCUCAGGCACCUUUCCUUGCUGUAGAUAAUAUGCUUAACACUCCUGAAUCCUACAAUAAGUUUGAAGACUUGUUCAACCAAAUGGGCGUCUUGCAGCAUCAUGACGGAGUUUCAGGAACUGAGAAACAACAUGUAGCUGAUGAUUAUGUUAAGAACUUACACAAAGUGCAUACUGCUGCUAAGAAUCAAUUCGUUGAAGCUUUUGAUAGACUAUUUGAUACAGGACUUGAAAAUCUUUCAAUGUGUUUAUCUCACAACUCGACCUACGAUCAUUGUCCUACAAAGGAUUUAUUGAAUGAUGACGUUGAACAAAUUGGCCUCAUUGUUAUAAACUCUUCAAACAAGAGAAACUCAUUGGCAAAAAUCCCUCUUCCAAACUCUAGAGUAACUUUGUUAAACAAUAUGGGAGAAGAAGUUCCUGUAGAUAUUAUUUGUGAAGCAGACACUUCUGAGAACUGCGAGGCUUACUUUGAAGUGAACGCAACUCAAUUUUCAUGGAAUAUUUUCUUCUUUAAGAAGACACACGAAAGUAAUCACUUGAGAGCUAACUCGAAUCUUCAGACACUUAAUUUUGGAUCCCUUACAAUGGGUGUGAAGAAUACUAAUGGAGAUAUUGAGCUUGAGUUCUCAAAAGAUGGAGAGAAGAAACAAGGUGUACUCAUGAGAUAUAUGUAUUAUAAUUCUUACCAAGACAUUGAAGGACAAAGAUCUGGCGCUUAUAUUUUCAGACCAUCAGAAUCAGAUGAAGAACCUCAAAGAUACAGCUCUACUUAUACUUACGAUGGACUUCAGGGAAAUUAUGUAACACAAGUGAGAUUUUAUGGGAGUGAAGUCAACAAUUAUGUUACAGGAAACAUCUUCACAGAUUUUGUUGAGAUAAAGACAGAUCUUUUCGGAAUUCCUCUUGGAUUCCAAGGACAAGAGGUUAUCCUUCAUCUUAGUUUCCCUGAGAUUCAAAACGGAGGUGUCUUCUACACAGACUCAAUGGGUAUGCAAAUGCAAGAGAGAAAGUUAGGCUAUAGACCUACUUGGGAGUUUGAAUCCACUCAGCCAGUCUCUGAGAACUACUAUCCAAUCAAUCAUGGAAUGACUCUUAAGGAUGAUAAGAUGACAUUGGAAGUUCUUAAUGAGAGAUCUCAAGGAGGAACAUGCCUUCAAGAUGGGUCAAUGGAAUUCAUGAUACAAAGAAGAACUUAUAAGGAUGACUCAAGAGGUGUUGGAGAAGCUCUUAAUGAAUCAAGAAAUUCAGACAAAAGAGGACUAAGAGUGAUCACAAGUCAUUAUCUAAGAUUCUACAAUAACACUGAAGAUAUGGAGUUUAACCAAGAUUCCAGAGCGAUGCAAAGAGAGAUCGAUAGUCCUUUCACUUAUGUAUUUGGUACUGUUCCAGAAAACUUCACUUCCCAAAACUCUCCAUUUAUCCUAGGACACGAAGACCUCUUACCUGAUAGUGUAAAGGCUGUCUUCCUCCCUCAACAAGAUGGUACUAUCUUUGUCAGAUUUGAAAACAUGAUGGAUCCUAUUUCGCUUAACAAGACUGAGACAAUAAAUGUAACUGAAAUUGGUGAGUCUAUUGGAGAAGCGAUUGGGGUAUCUCUCCAACAAAUCACUGAGGUUUCAAAUACUGGUUUGUAUACCAUUGAGGAGAUGCAGGAUAUCAAGUACAAGUGGAAAGGUGUGGAUUACACUACUGAAGAAGUUAUUUACAGCUCAGAUCCAAGCAACACAGAACUUGGACCUCAGAGAAUCAGAUCAUUUGUGCUUUCUUAUGCAAAACAAGCUGAAGCUAUUUCUGAAUAAAUAUACUCAUUCAACCA